AUGGUUGUCAUCCUCGACACCAUCCGUCAACGUCUCCCCGCACCUCGUCAGGACCAGAAAGCUCGACGAGCUCGCAAAGAACGUGGGCGUAGAUCAGUCGAGGCUGGCCGGAAGACGUACGAGCCCGAGGGCGUCAACCGUCUUGCCCAAGAUGCUCCCCCUUGGUACCGCUCCGCCGCCCGCCGUCGCCUCUAUAUCCUCCUCUUCCCUGGCGCUGUAUGCUCGUACGCAACGUCUGGAUACGACGGCAGCCUUUUGGGCACGUUACAGACGGUGGAUCAAUGGGACAACUUCUUCAAUAACCCUCGCGGCGCCGAACUGGGCAUCAUGAGCGCCGCCAUGUCACUCGGCAGCAUCUUCUCAACACCUUUCGCCCCCUGGGUGGCUGACCACUACGGCCGUCGAUGGGGCAUCACUGUGGGCAGUUUAAUCAUGAUAGCUGGUGCAAUUCUGCAGUGCGGAAGUGUCAACCUGGCCAUGUUCAUUGUGAGCAGGUUCAUCCUCGGUUUUGGCCUUUCGUUCGCCACCACGGCGGCUCCCAGCCUGGUCACGGAGCUUUCCCAUCCCAAGGACCGGGUUACCAUCACGGCUAUUUGUAAUACUUGCUGGGGUCUUGGAAGUAUCGCUGCGGCCUGGAUCACCUUUGGGACCCGAAACAUCAAUAGCGACUGGUCCUGGCGUCUUCCCUCCCUCUUCCAGAUGAUUCCCAGCAUUGCCCAACUGUGCGCCGUCUGGUUCCUUCCCGAGUCUCCCAGAUGGCUCAUCUCCAAAGACCGCCACAACGAGGCCCUCGAGGCACUUAAGAGGUAUCACGGUGAUGGCGAGGAAACCGAGUUGGUCAAGCUUGAAUAUGAGGAGAUCGGAACAGCCAUUCAUAUGGAGAAAGUCACCGGCGCAACAACCUGGAAAUCGAUGGUUAGCACGCCCGGAAACCGGUAUAGGAUGUUCCUCGUUGUGUGCAUGGGUUUCAUGAGCCAGUGGUCUGGAAACGGACUCAUCUCAUACUGUACGUGA